GAGCCCCGGCACCGGCUCAGGUUGUUGUUUAAAUGUCUGAAGAAGGAAGUGAGCCAGGAAAGUGGAAGUUGCCUUGAGAGACUUCUCAGUGUGAUUCAGAAUGAUUGAGGAGAGUGGGAAGAGGAGGAGGACCAUGGCAGAGAAGAGGCAGCUGUUCAUGGAAAUGAGAGCCCAGAACUUCGAUGUGAUCCGGCUCUCCACGUACAGAACGGCCUGCAAGCUGCGCUUCGUGCAGAAGAGAUGCAACCUAUUGUUGUUAUUCCCACUAUUCCUGGUUCCCCCAGCACUGGGGGGUUUUGUUUCCAUUCCCUGUGGAAUUCCCAGGGGUUCUCACCCAUUCUCUUCUCCCUGCAGUGAGGGCCAUGGGAAGCUGACCGUGUUCUCAGUGAAAGCCAUGCUGGCCACCAUGUGUGGGGGGAAGAUCCUGGACAAGCUGAGAUUCUUCCACCCCGUGGAGUGCUCGUACUGCCACUGUGAGAGCAUGAUGGGCUUCAGGUACCGCUGCCAGCAGUGCCACAACUACCAGCUGUGCCAGAACUGCUUCUGGAGGGGCCACGCCAGUGGCACCCACAGCAACCAGCACCAGAUGAAGGAGCACUCCUCGUGGAAAUCUCCAGCCAAGAAGCUGAGCCACGCCAUCAGCAAAUCCCUGGGCUGUGUCCCCAGCCGGGAGCCGCCCCGGCCGCUCUUCCCCGAGCAGCCCGAGAAGCCCCUGGACCUGGCCCACAUCGUCCCCCCCAGGCCCGUGAGUAACAUGAGUGAGGCCAUGGUGACCCACGUGUCCUCUGGAGCACCCACACCGACCAAAAGGCUCAGGUGCGAGCGCAGCAGCCCCGGCCCCUCCCGGCAGGAGGAGCACGCGCUGAUCGGAGCCUUGGUGCGGAGCCUGCGCCGCGGGGCACGUGCCCUGGACAGCCCGGGCAGGCUGGAUGAGGAGCAUCGCCUCAUCGCUCGCUACGCCGCUCGCUUGGCUGCUGAGGCUGGCAGUGCUCCUCGCCCCCCGGCUGAUCUGGGUUUCAGCUUCGAUGCCAACAAGCAGCAGAGGCAGCUGAUAGCAGAGCUGGAGAACAAGAACAGGGAGAUCCUGCAGGAGAUCCAGCGGCUGCGCCUGGAGCACGAGCAGGCGUCACAGCCCACGCCCGAGAAGGCUCAGCACAACCCCACGCUGCUGGCCGAGCUGCGCCUGCUGCGGCAGAGGAAGGAUGAGCUGGAGCAGAGGAUGUCAGCCCUGCAGGAGAGCAGGAGGGAGCUGAUGGUGCAGCUGGAGGGGCUGAUGAAGCUGCUCAAAGAAGAAGAGCAAAAGCAGGCAGCUCAGGCCGCGGGCUCGGCCCAGCCCUCGCCCACCCAUGGCCGCCCCCCGGCCGUGCCCUCACGCUCGGCCUCUGCCGGCUCCACUCCCACACACGGCGCCCACGACGGCCCGGCCGGGCUCGGGGCAGACGGGCACGAGGCCUUCACGGCAGGUACGAGGAGGAACCUCCGCAAUGACCUGCUGGUGGCAGCGGAUUCCAUCACCAACACCGUGACCUCGCUGGUGAAGGAGCUGCACUCGGCAGAGGAAGAAGACGAAGAAGAAACAGAGAAGCUGCAGAAUGGGAAGGACCGAGGUGAGGGGACAAACCUGUGUGAGAGCUCUGCAGCGUUUUCUGACUCACUCCUCUCUGGCUUCCCUGGCUCCCCUUGGAGCCCCACCAGGGCCUCUGGGUGCAGGUGCAUGGGACUGGAUCAGGUGGAUGGGACUGGAUCAGGUGGA